GAAUCCUGAAAAAUAUAAAAAAAAAAGUCUUAGUUGAAAAAAAAAAUUGUUAUAUAAUAUAAGCUUGAUGGAAUUCUAAAUAUAGACAAAAAGGGUAUAAAUACAAGUUGUAACAUAAGAUUUUGACUUUUUCAUAUUAACCAUGGGUAACACCUCCAGUAAAGAAAAGAGUAAAGGAAUGAGUAAAAUUCAGUUUGGAAAGAGAGUUCUUUCAGAGAAAGAUAUAGACAGAGGUAUACCAGUUAAAAUAAAAAAAAAAGAUGGCACUAUUGAGAUCAUUUCUCAACAAGAAUAUAAUCAAUUAAGUCCAGAGAAGGGUGAUCCUAAUGUUGUCAGAGAUUACAUAGAAAGACCCUUGAUUGCAGAAGAAGCCAAUGAGGAAUAUAACCAUUUAUUACCAAAAGAGGCCCACAAAACCAUUGGAGAAGAUACAAGGAUUAAUGGAGGAAGUCCAAACUGAAUUCUUGGAGGACAUUAAGGCUUAUUAUGAGAGUAACUUUUCCAGUAUUUGUUUAUUACAAAAUUAUGUAUUCUAAUAAAAAAAAAAAAAAGUUUUCACUUUCAUUUGUUGUGCCUUAGACCAUUUAAAUUGACCUUAUGGUUAAGAUUGUGAUACACACUCUGAUAAUCAUCUAUGAUGUCUCUAUCAUGUUUACCUCAAAAGAUUGAAUCAGGGUAUUUGUGUUCAAAGAGCUGAAAAAACUAUACAGACAGAUCUAAGAUUUUGGAAGCAUACAUAUUAAUGGGUUUAAAUGAGAUAUAACACUAGAUUAUUAAAAAGAAAGAACAAAAACUCAUAGAAAUGAUAUUGAAAGUACCUUUUAUGAAUAAAGUGUCAUGCUCCAAGGUAUAUUUUUUAUAAACAGGAGAAGGUUUACAACAGUCCCAUGCACUCAUAAGAAGAUCUUGGGUAGUAGAAACACCAGGGAAUUUUAAUUCCACACAAUCAGAUUAUCUUACAUCAGUUAUAAGGUUACA